UUUGUUUGGGGGAGUCGUACGCGUAGCAACGUGGAUCACUUGCUCAGCCUUAGAGCUCACAAUUUCGUCUACCAUGAGUUACGAAUAUGAAGAUCGCUUACCAGAUGAUGCUAGGGUGCGUUAUAGGUCAAAGAUAGCUGUGGUUGGACUUGAAAUGUGCCCAAACAAAAUUCCGGCGAAUAAAUGGGCUAACAAUCCUAAAGCAUGGCCAAACAUUCUGUACCCUGACGUUUAUCACUAUUUGAUAAAAUUUCCACGUGUCUAUUCAUCUGCGGCAAUGGAGAAUUUCAAGUCCCUGGAGGCAUACAAGUUCUUUGUUUCUGGAUGGGUUCAAACUAUAUACCAUUUACAGACCACUUCAGACAAUUUGAUCUUUAAAGCAGAUGUGAAGCCAUCGGUGAUGAGCCCCAUCAUCCUUGGGUGGCAACAACAAAAUCUGGUACUACUUGGAGAAACAUGUUCCCAUGUUGCAGCUCUACUUUUUAAGAUGGAAGCUGCGGUUAGACUGGGGUAUACAAGUAGUGCCUGUACAGAUGAACCCUGUAAGUGGAACCAGUGUUUUGUAAAGAAUGUUGGUCCAGCACUUGUUGCUGAUGUGACGUUCUACAGUGAGGCCUCUAAAGAUAGAGUCAAUAAAAAGAAGAUGACUGGACAUCCGCCAUUGUCUCAUACUGAACAGAGAACUUUCUUGGAUGCACUAUCCAGCAUUAACCCAAAUAUUGUAGGGUUAAGUGCAUUUUCUGGUUAUACACACAACUUUGUGCCAAGAAAACCUGCACCAGCUAUGUGCCAGAUGCCUCAACCACUACGCAGCCUCUAUGCAAAUAGAACUUUCACCGGUAGUGAACUAAAAGAGCACUACAAAGUGCAAGCAUUUUGGACAUCAGCAAUUUUACCGGAACUAAUUACACGCUCGUCUGAACAGGCAGAUGAGAGUAGAGAAAAUAUCAACCAUCCACAAGUACCAUGGAUGACCAUCAAGAGUAUUGUAUUUGCAAAUCAUCUGAUGUGGAUGAUACUAUGGUUGGAUGUGAUCGAUGUGAUAAUUGGUUCCACCUGGGCUGUUUGA